AUGUCCAAACAUCCGGCACUUGGCAUCACCUCCAGUCUCCCCCUCAUCACCGCGACAAACCCAGACAAGCACAGCGAAGAGCCUGGCAGAGAAUACAGGAGAAUUCCCAUCCUCGGCCUAGGUGUAUACCGCAUCAAGCCGUCGCCAGACGGGGUAUGCCAGGCUGCGUGCCGCGCCGCCCUUGAGGCUGGAUACCGCCACAUUGACACGGCCAGGCUAUAUCGAAACGAGCCACAGGUCUGUCGUAUAAGCACGACCGACCGCACGCUGUCAAGGAAAGAUAUCUUCUUGACGACAAAGAUUCGCGAAAGCACGGGUGAUGAAGAGCGGGACUACAAGACGGCGCUGAAGUGCGUCGAGAGGCUGGCUGGCACAGCGGAAUCAUGCGUCCCAUACGUCGAUCUCCUCCUCAUUCACCAGCCUCCAUCCACCCUCCAGGCCCGCAAGGCUCUCUGGCACGCCCUUGAACGCCUCCAGCGCGAAGGUCGCGCGCGCAGUAUCGGCGUGAGCAAUUACCGCAUUGAGCACAUUGAGGAGAUGAAGACCUACGCCAGGAACACUUGGCCGCCAUGCGUCAACCAGAUCGAAGUACAUCCUUGGUUUCAACAGGCUGAGUUGACCGAGUACUGCGCUUCGCACGGGAUUGUCGUUGAGGCUUUUGCUCCUCUUGCGCAAGGAAAGUAUUUUGUGGACAACAAGAGUGCCCUGGUUCGAAUUGCACGGAAGCAUGGCAAGACGCGGGCGCAGGUGCUGAUCCGGUGGAGUCUGCAGAAGGGGUUUGUUGCCCUGCCCAAGAGCUCUAGACCGGAGAGGAUACGCGAAAAUGCCGACGUCUUUGAUUUCGAGCUUGAUGGUGCCGAAAUGAGCGCCCUUGGUGGGCUUGAUCAUGGUGGGACGGCGGGAGCGACGUACAAAUGGAACAAAGCCUGA